AUGGAAAUGAAGAAGAGGAUUAACCUGGAGUUAAGGAGCAGAGUCCCAGAGGAGGUUGUGACAGAGUUAGUCCUUGACAACUGCCUGUGUGUCAAUGGGGAAAUUGAAGGCCUGAAUGACACUUUUAAAGAACUAGAGUUUCUGCAUAUGGCUAAUGUAGAAUUGAGUUCUCUGGCCCAGCUUCCCAGCUUAAAUAAACUUCAAAAGUUGGAAUUUAGUGACAAUAUGAUUUCUGAAGGCUUGGAAGUUCUGGCAGAGAAAUAUCCAAAUCUUACCUACCUCAAUCUGAGUGGAAACAAAAUCAAGGAUCUCAGUACAGUAGAAGCUCUGCAAAAUCUUAAAAAUUUGAAAAGUCUUGACUUGUUUAACUGUGAGAUCACAAACCUGGAAGGUUACAGAGAAAGUAUUUUUGAACUGCUGCAGCAAAUCACAUACUUAGAUGGAUUUGAUCAGGAGGAUAACGAAGCACCAGACUUGAAAGAGGAGGACAACGAGGAUGGAGAGGAAGAUAUGAAGAUGAGGAGGAAGAUGAAGCUGAUCCACCUGAAGGCUAUGAGGAGGAGGAGGAAUAGGAUGAGGAUGAAGAUAAGGUAGGCUCAGAAUUGAGAGAGGGAGUAGAGGAAGUGGGCCUCUCUUACUUAAUGAAAGAAGAAAUUCAGGAUGAAGAAGAUGAUG